CCGAGAUAUACUCCGUACGUCGUCCCUGAUGAAUGGAUAAUUCCCCUUACACGUGUACGAUUAAGUCUACUAUGGUAUUAAUUAGCACGCGACUCGCGAUCCCUGCAGGAACCAAAGUCUUCAGGGUCCCAUCCGUCGCACUUCCCAAGUCAUCUCGUUGAUGUUCCCGUCUACACCAUUUGGUAAUAACUAAACAUCGGAUAUCCAUCCCCGGACAUUUGCUUGUCCCGUAUAAUGUAUCUUUGACUCUUACGAUUCUCGUCUCCUGCUUACCUUUACCGGUCCCAAGCGUUCAGGGAGAAUUCGGUCGCCGACGCCGAUCCCCAGCCCGCACAUAUCCGAACUCCUCGUCCAUCCACGCGCGUUCGUCGAGUAGAGGCGCAAUUGCUGCAUCUCCGGAAUCGGUUAUAGAUACUCUCUACAGCCACGGAAUAGGGGCAUUGUAUGGCUGUUAACUAGCCGAUUCACACACCAUGGCACCCAUAUACACAUCGAUCAAUCCGGUUCGAAUACGAUCAUAUCUCGUCCGAUUGCCCAUCGUCACCCGCCUGGUCUUGUUCCUCAUUGUCGCGCUUUUCUUCUUAAGUAUCUUGCUACCAUGGAUUCCGCCUUGGGGAGCACUCACUCCUAGCAAGGUCAAUUUGGCCACCCUCCACCGUCUGAGCACCUAUCCUCUUCUCCAUGUCAACCUCUUCCACAUCAUUCUCAAUCUCCUUGCCUUGACUCCGCUCCUGGAGCGCUUCGAGGCUGAGCAUGGCAGUCUGAAUGCUCUGAUCCUCUUCAGCGGUCCCUUUUCCACCUUCCCGGGCGCCGUCUACGUCCUCCUCGAGAAGCUUCUCCGGCUCGACUCCAGCGUCAUGGGUUCCAGCAUCUGGAUCUUCCUCCUGCUGGCAAGCGAGGCGAUGAAGACCCACCGCGUCAACCCGAACUUCAGCGUCGGGCCCUACUCGAUCCCGACAUGGACCACGCCAUUGAUCAUGGUCGUCGUCGUCACCUUCAUCGUUCCGAAUACUUCCCUGCUAGGGCACCUCUGCGGAGCGGGGAUGGGUUACCUUUGGGGAUUGAACUACAUCCGCUUUCUUCUACCGCCGGACGGUAUCGUCCGGUUUUUGGAGGACAAGUUGGACCUGCUGAGACGCCUUCCCCAUUACGUUUCACUCGAUCAAAAAACAUAUGGGAGAUUCGGUGUUCUCCCUUCCACGGCUUCAGGGGUGACGGUAGGAUCGGCGGUGUGA